CUCCUUCGCUCGAGUUGCAGAAUUGUACCUCACAUCAUCUUCCUCUCAGCCAUUUUCAUAUAUUAUUAGUUAUUGCUGUUAAUCCACUUAAAAAUCCUUUCUUCUUUUGGCCAAUUGCAAUCUGUUCUCUCUCCCCGGCCCCUCGGUUCCGCUGGCUCCCGUGAUCGCCUAGGGUUUCUGCAUCGCGGCGGUGUGAGGGGCAGCGGAGCGCAGAUGGCGGCGGCUCAAGGGCAGGGGAUCGAGCCGGCGCUUCUUGACGAUAUCAUCAAUCGGUUGCUCGAGGUGCGAUCGGCGAGGCCUGGCAAGCAGGUGCAGCUGUCCGAGGCGGAGAUCCGUCAGCUCUGUGUCGUCUCACGGGAAAUCUUUCUCCAGCAGCCUAAUCUCUUAGAGCUCGAAGCACCCAUCAAGAUCUGUGGUGAUAUCCAUGGCCAGUACAGUGAUCUUUUAAGGCUUUUUGAGUAUGGAGGCUUUCCUCCUGAGGCCAAUUAUUUAUUCUUAGGUGAUUAUGUGGACCGGGGAAAACAGAGUUUGGAAACCAUAUGCCUUCUUCUUGCCUAUAAAAUCAAAUAUCCAGAGAAUUUUUUUCUUCUUAGAGGAAAUCAUGAAUGUGCAUCCAUAAACAGAAUAUAUGGAUUUUAUGAUGAAUGUAAGCGCCGAUUCAAUGUGCGACUAUGGAAGGUCUUCACCGAUUGCUUCAACUGCCUUCCUGUAGCUGCUCUUAUAGAUGACAAGAUAUUUUGUAUGCAUGGUGGGCUUUCUCCUGAUUUAUCGAACUUGGAUCAGAUCAAGAGUAUUACUCGUCCAACUGAUGUUCCAGACACUGGUUUAAUAUGUGAUCUACUCUGGUCAGACCCAGGUAGAGACAUUCAAGGCUGGGGAAUGAAUGACAGAGGAGUUUCAUACACUUUUGGUGCUGAUAAAGUAUCAGACUUUCUAAUAAAGCAUGACUUGGACCUUGUUUGUCGUGCUCAUCAGGUCGUGGAGGAUGGAUAUGAAUUUUUUGCUGAUAGACAGCUUGUAACUAUAUUUUCAGCCCCAAACUAUUGUGGUGAAUUCGAUAAUGCUGGUGCAAUGAUGAGUGUCGACGAAACUCUCAUGUGCUCUUUUCAAAUCCUUAAGCCUGCAGAGAAGAAAUCAAAGUUUUUGAUGUCAACAAAAACAUGACAGUGACACAUGCUACUACUAUGUUUCUGCUUAAGGUCUGUUGCAGCGAUUCUAAAACCUGAACUGUUAAAGUGCUGCAUCAAAAGAAUUGUUUGAUGAUCGAGGAAAAAUAUUUCGGUUGCUUCAAAUUAUAGAGCCGGAAUAAUCUAUAAUGCAAAGUAAUUAGGGAUAAUGUAUGGAUGGAUAAACCCAAACCCUUCAGAAUGGCAGAUGCCAGAUUUAUUUUUCCCUUUUUUUUUUUUUUUCUUGGAUUCAUUUUCAUUCUAUCAUAAAAACCAUUUAGUUGUACAUGCAAUGAUCCCAUGUAAAGGUUUAGGAUUCAAACCGUGCCAUUCUGUGUGACUAAUUUGUUGCAUGUUUAACUCAACUUUGAUGGAGCCUAGUCUACUUUUGGCAAGACAAUGUAUCAUGUAUGGGUUUCCAUUAUGUUUUAAUUUUAAGGGUGGUGAUGAUUGCUAACAA